CCGACUUCUAGAACAAAGGGAGGAUAACCCGCCCUGCGCCCGCGCCGGCCUGCCAUCGCCUGCGCCGAGUUGACCUAGUUCUAUUGUCCUGGUUAUCAGCCGGUGAGACGUACAGCUGUUUCGUAUAAGGAAAACGUACAUAAAGGUAUUUAUUGCACUUUUAUUGAACGGCUUGACCUAUAUUUGUAAUUAGUAUACAAUAUGACUGACACAGAAUUGAAGGCAAAGAGAGCAUCGAUUAAGGGUCGAUUAACUACGUUUAGAAAUUAUAUAGAUGAGUUUAAGAAAUUAAAGCAGGUUUCUAAGGCAAAUUUAAAUGAAAUUAAAUUAAGAUUACGGAAAGCGGACUUGUUGUUUGAGGAAUACGAUAAGAUCCAGACUAACAUUGAAGUGAGUGAAUCCAAGGUUAAGCAGGACGGACCACCGACCAGCGAGCCAGAUUUUAGUGAGCGUGAAAAUACAGAAAAGUUAUUCUUUUGUGCAAUUAGUCAGGCGCAGGAAUUGAUCGCGGCUAAUGAGCCUCGCUCCUCGCUGGACGGGGGCCCGGACGACGACGCGCGUUCGUCCCGGAGCGGAGCGGACGCGGGCGGCGUGCGACUGCCUACUAUACGUCUUCCUAGCUUUGAUGGUUCUACCACGAAAUGGUUAGAGUUUCGCGAUGUGUAUAUAUCAAUUGUACACAACAAUGAUAAUCUCAGUGAUAUUUGUAAGUUUCAAUAUUUAAAAGCAUCCUUAUUAGGAAACGCAGCGUCUGUUAUCCAAUCGUUAGAGAUAUCGGCGGCGAAUUAUACCGCGGCUUGGAAAUUAGUAUGCGAUAGGUUUGAUAACAAGCGCCAGCUUAUUCAUACUCACCUUAAGUCACUUUUUAAUGUGUCUUUGUCAGGAAGGGAGACUGAUAAGUCGUUGCGGUUUCUAAUUGAUCAUGUUUCGAAACAUUUGAGGGCUUUAAAUAGUUUAGGUGAAAAAACAGAUAACUGGGAUACACUUAUAAUAUUUAUGUUUGCAAGUAAAUUAGAUACUGCUACUUGUACGAAGUGGGAGGAAUAUAGGAAUAGCUUAACGGAGAAUCCUACUUUGGACAAUUUUUAUGAGUUUUUACGUCAGAGGGCCGAUGUGUUGGAAAUGAUUUCGGCGACUACUGCUAGCGAGAAAACAGAUAAUAAGCAGAUUAAUUAUAAGCGAAUGGAUAAGGCGCAGAAAUCAUUUGUUGCCGCGGCAAGCGAUUCUAACACAUCGACCAAUUCUAAUAUAAGUAAUACGCGAGUUUGUCGCGUAUGUAAUGGGGAUCAUUUAAUUUAUAACUGUGAAAAAUUAAAUCAAAUGUCAGUCGAUGAGCGAAAUGCAUUGAUAAAAACUUUGAAGGUGUGCAUUAAUUGUUUCCGUGGCGGGCAUUUUGCACAUCAGUGUAAGGCAAGUCCAUGUGUUAUUUGCAAGCGUAGACACAAUACCCUUUUGCACAAGACUAUGACGUCAGAUAAACAGAAGGACGGAGGUGAGAAGGAGUUUGUGUCUGCGCCCGUAGCGUUAACAGUCUGCAGUGAUACUGAGGUAUUGUUGUCGACUGCAAUUGUUUUAGUUAAAAAUGAAAAGACAAAUACAAUGCAUGAGGCUCGUUGUUUUCUCGACUGUGGUGCUCAAUCUAAUUUUAUCUCACAGGCGCUGGCGGAGAAGUUAGGCUUGCAGGGUGAGGAUGUAGAUGCCAACAUUACAGCUAUUAAGGAAAUAUCCUUUGAUGUUCAAAAGCAUUGCAAAUUUGCCAUUCAAGCGCGUAACAGUAAAAAACCUUGUGCGCGUGUUGAUGCCUACAUUCUCUCUCGGAUAAUGAAACCUUUGCCAGCAGAAGAAGUAGAUAUUUCUAACAUUGAGAUUCCUCAGAAUAUCACACUAGCAGACCCAGGCUGGUACAAACCUGCUGAAAUAGAUAUAUUAGUCGGCGGUGCGAUAUUUUGGGAUUUAAUCACCAAUGGCAAGAUUAAACUUGGACCUAAUAAACCCCUAUUGAAAAAUUCUGUAUUUGGAUGGUUAGUAGUAGGACAGACGAUGCUAAAUAAUAAUAGUACCACGACGAAAACGAAAACUGAGCAUUGUGGUUUCAGUAGAGAAAUACGCAAUCAACUAAGUAAGUUUUGGGAGUUGGAAGAGGUCCCAACUGUACCAGUGUUGUCCCCAGAAGAGGAGGCGUGCGAAGAACACUUCAAGCAAAACACACGACGCUUAGCUGAUGGCAGAUUUUGCGUCACGCUGCCCUUGAAAGAUCAACCAGAUGUUCUAGGUGACUCAUAUAGAUUAGCAAGAAAACGGUUUGAUUCUUUAGAGCAACGAUUUAGAAGGCAGACUGAUGUAAAAUCACAGUAUGUAGAUUUUAUCAACGAAUAUGCUCAGUUGAAUCAUUUGUCAGAGAGCAAGAAGCCUGAAAAAGCCAACUUUUUGCCCCACCACCCAAUUUUAAAGGAGCAAAGUGAAUCUACAAAGUGUAGAGUCGUUUUUGACGCGUCAGCUCGCACUGAUUCAGGCUACUCACUCAAUGACAUUCUCAUGGUUGGUGCCACGGUACAAGACGACAUUUUCUCUAUUCUAAUAAGAUUUCGUCAGCACGUUUUCAUAUUCACAGGAGACAUAGAGAAAAUGUAUCGUCAAGUUAUCGUGGAACCUUCGCAGAGACAUCUUCAAAUGAUAUUAUGGCGUGAAAAUGAAGGCGAGCGCAUGAAGUAUCUAGCCCUGAAUACUUUGACGUAUGGCACGUCAAGCGCGCCGUUCUUAAGCACGAGAUGUUUAGCCCAACUGGGAUAUGAAUGUAGUGAUCCUUUGAUAAAGCAACAACGUACCCGAUGGCAGCAGCGGCACUCCGACAUUAAGCCCGGUCAAAUGGUCCUUAUAAAAGACGAGGCCACAUCACCACUGAAAUGGCCAUUGGGACGAAUACAGGCAGUGUAUCCUGGUAGUGAUGGAGCAAGCAGAGUCGCAGACAUACUCACCGCGAAGGGCACGAUUCGACGAGCCAUUAACAGGAUAUGCCCCUUCCUUGAUGAAGACCAAGCUUAA